AUUCUGGUGCAGACUCUCCUGCCCGAAUGUCAUUGGAGAUGCAGGCGGAUCUGACCCAGAAUCAGCUGCUAUGUGGGAUGUCUUUGCAUUUCUGUAAAUCCUACAGGCGACUGAAACCAUGACGCUGUCACUGUGCACCAAGGCCAGAUGUCACGUUAACCAAAUACUUUCCAUCAUUGACCGAAAAUUUGUAAUAAUGACGGAACAAUCUGAAAGCCGUAUAUAAUUUUGACAUAUUACUGUGGGUAAGCUGCUGUAAUAACUUAAGUACUUUAAGAAAUUCACACCCCUGUCCAGUAGGUGGCACAAUUGCAUAAUAACUGCUGUCUAACUUUUUUCAAAUUUUCUGUCUAAUGCCUGUUCUGGCCCUGUAAGGUUGGCCAAACAAUCCGCCUAGAGAUGACUAAUCAUAAAAAGGAUACAAAGUCCAGUUUACUGAGAGUUAUGCUGUGGUUAUAUUCCGGCCUUUGCUUUUCAUUGCAGAUUUCUCUCCGCUGUGUCUUACUCGCGUACUUUUGCUGCUGUUGCAGUGUGAGGUCUCCAUGGAGCCCGUGACUCCUUACUUGUGCAGAUAUAAAGGUUAUGUGUUCGUAACAGGACUGACCACCCCAGAGUACAUCGAUUCCCUGCAGACCUUUGAAAUACGGGACAGUGACAUUUUUCUUGUCACUUACCCCAAGUCAGGCACCGUAUGGACCCAGCAGAUCAUCACGCUGCUCAUGGAGGAGUCCGGCGCGGGCGACGCCUACACUACCAACCUGGACAAGAUGCCGUGGCUGGAAUAUCCUGACGGCCGACCCGAUUAUGUAUCUCGGCCCUCCCCUCGCCUGUUUGCCAGCCACUUGACCCCCGCGCUGAUGCCACGGGGGCUGAGAGAAAGGGGAGCCAAGGUGAGCUUUCAGCCUAAGUGA